AUGUCUCAAGUCAAUCUUGCAGGAAAAGGUGCUAUUAUCACCGGCGGAGGAUCAGGCAUAUGUCUUGCGUUUACGAAACACCUCUAUCAAGCUGGAUGCAAUGUUUUGAUAUGCGACCUCAGCCUCCACCGUGAGGCGGUCCAGUGGCUUGAGUCGCUGAGCACGGCGACUCCCAAUGGUUCCGCUGCUCCUAGAGUUGUCUUCCAAAAGACAGAUGUAACGGAUUGGAAACAGCUAGACGAGGCAUUCGACGCAUAUGCACGGGAAUUUGGAGGCGUUCCAUCAAUCCUGUGCCCGGGAGCAGGAGUAUAUGAACCAUCUGCCCCGAAUUUCUGGAACGACAAGGACGAGGAAUUCUAUAAGAUCCUGCGGAUCAAUCUGGAACACCCAAUCAAAAUGUCUCGCAUCGCCAUCAGGAAAUUCCUCCAAUCCGACCAGACAGGAACAAUCAUUCUCGUCUCGAGCACCGGAGCGCAGAAAUCGAGUAUUCUCACACCACUAUACGGAGCGGCGAAGCAAGGCAUCAGCAACUUCGCCCGUUGCAUGGCAAAACUCAAAGAGCUGGCUGGAAUCCGUGUCGUGGCUGUAGCACCGGGCCCGACCAUGUCGCCGCUGAUGUACGACCAUCCUGAAGCGCUCCGUUUCGUCGACCCCGAGAAGGACAAGCUAGCGUCUACAGAUGAGAUUGCAAGGGGAAUGAUGGCUGUUUGUUUUGAUGAGAACUUCCCGUCGGGGACGGUGCUGGAGGUCACACAUCCUGAUCGAUGGCGGGAGGUGUUUUUGUUGAAUGAUCCGGGACCAGCGGCGCACGCGUGGACGAGCAAGAAGGAAGAAGCGAUUGUGGAUGUCAUUGCGGCACUGGAUGCUGAUCGGAAAAGCCUCAAGUGA